AUGAAAUUUGUUACAUUUUCAAAAAUGUUUUGUUUCUAAUUUUGUUCCUAUAAAUUAUGUUUAUGCCAUAACCACACUUUAAGAAUUUGUGCCGCCAGUUCUGCAUAUAACCGUUAGUUGCUGGUCGUAUAAGAAGACCAUCCACGAUUGGUCAAUUCAUGCCAUUUCUCCAAACAAGAUGUCGAUAGAACCAUUUAUUGGCACGAAGAUCUCACUCAUUUCCAAAGUAGGAAUAAGAUACGAAGGACUGCUCCAUAGCCUAAACACAGAUGAGGCAACAAUUAUUCUCAACGAUGUAAGAUGUAUGGGAACAGAAGGUCGCGGCAAAUUCGGAGAGGUACCGCCUUCAUCAAAGGUUCACGACUUUAUUGUCUUUCGCGGAGAAGAUGUUAGCGAUAUCACAGUUGAUGAUUCCGGCUCAAGUUAUGACCCAAUCCUAAACGAUCCUGCCAUUUGUAAAACGUACAAUAAAAGCCAGGUCGAUGCCGCCGGUGGUUUGCCUUUUUCAUCACAGGCAACAUCAAAUGUAGCACAACCAACUGUUCAGAGUGCUCCGUUGCAUACAACUCAAGGAGCGAUGCCCCCAGCAUCCACUUUUAUGUCGCAAACUCCAGCUAUUCCAAGACCAGAAAAUAUAUUUCCUGCAAAAUCGCAUUUUCCGACUAAACAUGAAAAUUUGGAUCAUUUAACGCCAUUUGAAACGGGUCAAAAGACACGAUUGAGUGAGUCUGCUCUGGACAAAAUAACUGGUUCCGUGGAUCGCGUCUUGGAAACCUUCCAGUUUGAGGACACAGAAAAGGCUUCUACUUUAAAUGAACCCCUGCAAAGCGGUGGUUUUUCUGGAGGGGUCUCAAUGGGCUUUCCUUCUGGGAAGAAUGGAAACUUUGGCACUCUUUUGUCUGUCAAUUCUUCUUCAAGUACUGUGCCAUCAAUUAACAAGCCACUGUUUACCGGGACAAACACGGCCUCAGUCAUAGAAGAUGAACAACCGGUAUACUAUGACAAGAAAUCUUUUUAUGACAAUCUCUCUAACGAAAAGCAGCUCUCCAGGGACGCGAUCAAGGAAGAAAACAUGAAACAAAGGGAAAUUGACAUUGCAACAUUUGGAAAAUCGUCAGUACGCUACUGGAAAAAUAAGAAUGCAUCGCAUAGGAAUAGAAAGUUUAGUGGCAACAACAAUCACAAAUCUAACCCAGUUCAAGCAGGGUGGGAGAAAAAGCAGUGA